AUGGUCGUGCAGGUCCAAGUGCUGAGUGUGCAGUCGAGUGAGACGGCGCCGAGUCUCUUGUUGGCUACCGAUACCCGGCGGUUCCUCUUCAACGUCGGCGAUGGCACGCAGCGCUUGUGCAUGGAGCACCACGUGCGACUCGCCAAGCUGCAGCACGUGUUCUUGACCGAACUGCGGACCCACACAGUCGGGGGACUUCCUGGGAUGGUGCUCACGGUCUCGGACUCGGGCAAGUCGGGUCUGCACGUGCACGGGCCGCCGGGUCUGCAGACGUACUUGAACGCCACGCGCCACUUCUUGCACCGUCCUCAGUUCAAGUUGACAGCGUCCGAAGAGCGACCAGUGCCGAUCUCGAGCACAGGAGACCCGACGACCGCACGUCCAUUGAGCUGCUAUCAAGACAACGACGUAGUGGUGUACGCCGUUGCCGUCGCGAACGCCCACAGUGGCGCGAAACGAAAGCUCAGGGAGACGCUGUCGCAGGCCGAAAGCGACGCGAGCGACCGGCACGUGGGCGUGAGUUACGUCGUCGAGACGAAGCCGCAGCGAGGCAAGUUCCUGGUCGAGCGUGCAUUGGCCUUCGGUGUGCCCAAGGGGAAGAUGUUUGGCCACCUGCAUCAGGGGCUCGACGUGACGCUGCCGGACGGUCGCGUUGUCCUGUCCAGAGACUGCGUCGAGCCGUCGGUGCCAGCAGCAGCGUGUGUGAUCCUGAGCUGUCCAUCGAUUGCGCACGUGGAUGCGCUCGUGAGUAGCCUCUUGUUCCAUCGGUACCGAGCGCCGACAGCGUCGCAGCAGGCAGCAGUGCAGGUGGAUGUGGUGUUCCACAUCGCUGGUCCCAGUGUGCUGUAUCAUUCCAAGUACGCUGCGUGGGUCCAGAGCUUUGGGCCUCAAGCUCGACACGUGCUGCUGGGGCACACUGCCUGUGCCCAGAAGACAGUGCACCGCGCGUCGGCCAAACUGCAGGCGCAGCUGCACGCCGUCUUGCCGCGAGCUUUUCCGUCCAACGAGGCGCACGAACAGAGAGACGCGGCCGCGUGUUUCUCGCGAGCGGUCCCCGAUAUCUCGUCCUGGAACACUCUCUCUCCACCAUUGCCUGGCAGACCCGUUCACGACCUCGAGCCUGCAGCAGCAAUAGCAGCAGCAGCAGCGUCUGUCGUGCUGGGCGAGAGUAUGCUGACCUUCGUGCUCGUGCCUCGAGCGCGUCGUGGCUUUGAUGCAUCACACUGCUGGCCGCGACUUGACUUUGACCAGAUCCGCGAGAGCGUUCGCUCGAUUGUGGCCUUUGUCGCUUCGGCGUCGGUGCAACCAGAGCCUCGGAAGUCGUUGGACACUGCUGACCUGAUCGAUGGCCGGAUCACGUUCCUUGGCACGGGCUGUGCGAUCCCUUCAAAGUAUCGCAACGUCACGGGCAUGUACCUUGAGCUGCCGACGGGCGAGCACACCGACAAGGGCAAGCCAAUGUGGGCUGGUUUGAUGCUCGAUUGUGGCGAAGGAAGUGUCGGGCAGAUGUACCGAUGCGUCGGUGGGGACGAAACGCGCCUGCAGGAGCUCAUUGACCGCCUCCGGUGUGUCUGGAUCUCGCACAACCACGCGGACCAUCACUUGGGGUUGCUGCACCUGCUGAGCCAUCGCACGAACGGGACCAGCGCCGAGCCGUUGGUGGUGAUCGGGCCGUCAGCUCUGCGCUUUUGGCUCGACGAGUACGCUGCAGUGGACCCCACGACGCGAGGCACGUUCUCCUUUGUCGAGAGCUUCAGCUUUGACGAGACCGACCCGCGCAGUCUGGAAGUGGAUACCCACGCAGAAGCAGCUCGUGUGCGCACUUGGCUGCGUAACACGCUGGCCAUUGCGCAGCUCGAGUGCGUACCCGUGACCCACGCGCUGCAGUCGUACGCGGCGGUCUUGACGUUCACGGACGGAUCCAAGCUGGCGUUCUCCGGAGACUGCCGACCCAGCAACGCGUUGGCCGAAAAAGCGACGGGCGCGUUCUUGAUCGUGCACGAGGCGACCUUCGAAGACGACCUGAGCAAAGAGGCCAAAGAGAAGGCGCACUGCACGAUCGCUGAAGCUGUUCACGUCGGUCGGCAAGCGAAAGCGCGUCAUCUGGUGCUCACGCACUUCAGCCAGCGCUAUCCAAAGACGACCGGGCUCUUGCACGCGUGCGAUGAAGCUGGUGAUGCUGAAGCUCCGAUGCAAGUGCUCACUGCUGUCGACCUGCUGUCGCUGCGAUUCCGCGAGCUGCAACAGCCACAUCUUGUACAGGUGUGCACACAGCUACUGACACUGGAGGAUGCAGUAGCGCCGGCCAAUGUCGAGUCCGCAGCAAAGUUCACUACACCACAAGCACAAGCACAAGGAGAGAGACACACACCAUAG